AUGCUGAGCGAUUCUAAAGGUAAUGUUUCGCUGUUUGACUACACGUCCGGAGACUGUCUUGCCCCUCCCGACACAGCUGAUAGUGCGACUCGCUCACAGUGGCUCACCCGUGACGCUGCCGCUCGCCUAGCCGUUCGCAACCACCUGCCGUUAGCCGAACGCGCUCACUUUGGCCAGCCUAAGAUUGCUAAAGGCCUGUACGACGCUGUAGUCGCUCGCUACUCUUCCCCUGCCACUGCAGCUCUCGGCCGCCUUAUACUGCCCUACCUGUUUCCCGAGCUGUCCUCCUUUGCCACAGUAGCGGACCUCAAUACCCACCUUCGCACUAGCGACGCUCGUUACCGCGCUGCCCUCCCAGCCGAGUUCGUCCCCAAGAACGAGCCCCCGAUUUACAUCACUCUCUACUUUAUAGUCACUCGCCUCCCUGACUCUCUUCGCACAGCCAGAGAGCACUUUCUCGCCCUUGACCCCACCAAGCUCACUAUUGACCUGCUCGAGGAGCACCUCCUUGCAGCUGAGACUAGUGUAGUCGCUGUAGGUGCUACUCGUGGCACUCCUCGCACGCCCUUCUUUGAGGGGUGCUCCCCCUCCCCCCUUGCCCGCUCUGUUGCUUCUGCUGCUGUUGUCGAAUUCCUUGGUGCUGAGGAGGUUGGUGCUACUUCUACUCCUAGUGGUAAGCGCCGCAGCGGCAAGGUCAAGGGAGGCAAGAGCGGUGGGGGUGGCGGCGGGGGGGGUGGUGGUGGCGGCGGUGGCGGUGGGAGUGGUGGCGGGAGUGGGGGAGUCGGUGGCAGCGGUGGCGGCAGCGGUGGGGGUGGCGGUGGUGGUGGUCGUGGCGGCAGUGGGGGUGGUGGCGGCGGUGAUGGCGGUGGAGGGAGUGGUGGCGGCGGCAGUGGUGGUGGUCGGGCUGGAGCAGUUCAGCGGCAGCAGCAGCAGCGUCCGCGUGAGACCCUCACGCCCCAGCAGCUUCGUGAGUGGUUUGCUCAGCGUGGGGCGUCUGGGGGUAGUGCUCGCUGCCCGUACGUCAUUCGCACAGGUGACCACGCAGGUCAGACGUGCGGGAAGUUUCACACCCAGCACCGCUGCUUCUCCCGCCUAGACGACGCUUGGCGCACUGAGUUUGGCGAUGAGGCUGAGAUGCCCCGCUGGGCAGAGCUGCUUAGGUCUGGUGUUGAUAUCUUUGCUCUUGACUAUGACGCUAUCCUUGCUGGCAUUCACACCACUCACUAG